CUUCUCCAUACAGGAAACCUGGACAAGCAUGAAGAGCUAGAAAAGCUUGUGGCAAGUUUCUUGGGAGUAGAAGCUGCUAUGGCAUAUGGCAUGGGAUUUGCAACAAAUUCAAUGAACAUUCCUGCUCUUGUUGGCAAAGGUUGCCUGAUUCUGAGUGAUGAACUGAACCAUGCUUCGCUGGUUCUAGGAGCCAGACUCUCGGGAGCAACCAUUCGAAUCUUCAAACACAACAAUAUGCAAAGCCUAGAGAAGCUGUUGAAAGAUGCCAUUGUUUAUGGUCAGCCUCGGACACGAAGGCCCUGGAAGAAAAUUCUAAUCCUUGUGGAGGGAAUAUAUAGCAUGGAGGGAUCUAUUGUUCGCCUUCCUGAAGUGAUUGCCCUUAAGAAGAAAUACAAGGCAUACUUAUAUCUAGAUGAAGCUCACAGCAUUGGGGCUCUGGGCCCUAGAGGUCGAGGUGUGGUAGAUUACUUUGGCCUGGAUCCUGAGGAUGUGGACGUUAUGAUGGGCACAUUCACAAAGAGCUUUGGUGCUUCUGGAGGAUACAUUGGAGGCAAGAAGGAGCUGAUAGACUAUCUGCGGACACAUUCUCACAGUGCUGUGUACGCCACGUCACUGUCGCCACCUGUCGUGGAACAGAUUGUCACCUCUAUGAAGUGCAUCAUGGGGCAGGAUGGCACGACCCUUGGCACAGAGUGUAUCCAGCAGUUAGCUGAAAACACGAAGUAUUUCAGGAGACGUCUGAAAGAGAUGGGCUUCAUCAUCUAUGGGAAUGAAGACUCUCCAGUGGUGCCUUUGAUGCUCUACAUGCCGGCCAAAAUUGGCGCCUUUGGACGGGAGAUGCUGAAGCGGAAUAUUGGUGUAGUUGUGGUGGGAUUUCCUGCUACUCCAAUUAUUGAGUCCAGAGCCCGGUUUUGCCUGUCAGCAGCUCAUACCAAAGAAAUACUUGAUACUGCUUUAAAGGAGAUAGAUGAAGUUGGGGACCUGUUGCAACUCAAGUAUUCCCGUCAUCGGUUGGUGCCUCUACUGGACAGGCCCUUUGACGAGACUACCUAUGAAGAAACAGAAGACUGAGCCUUUUUGGUGCUCCCUUGGAGGAACUCUCCCUCCCCCAGGACAGCGUGUGGCCUUUCUGAGCCAGUUCCAGGAACCAUACUUCUGUGGCCAUCUCACGCGAGAGACGUUUCCUCAACUACUGACGGUGGCCACCUCGUUCUAAAUGGCAUUUUGUAAAUAGUACAAAAACUGCUUCACAUUCUUCCUUUGCUACAUUUCACCUUUAAGAAAAGAGGUGACCUCACUCUACUUUUUUGUCCAUUAAAAAUAUUUUAUUUUAUAACUCUUCUUCUUAUGAAAUCCCGCUGACCCUAGCCUGGCCCUGGCUAACCACACAGGCCAUUACCCUCUCCCCGCUGCCUACAGACUUGGCCCAUCCAAAGCUCCUGCUCGCCCCGGCACUGCAGCCUCGAGACUCACCCAGCCCUCCUCCCCAGGGAGCAAGUGCCUUCCACUUACUCCCAGUCCAGGUCUCAGAGGCCGCCAACCUUGGAAACCUUACUGAACCAGUCAAGUGUUCAACCUAAGUGUUCUCCCUUUUGUCUGAAGUUCAGCUGUUUAAGGAAAACCGUAAACACUAACAUGGCUAAAAACUGCCCCUCGUCGUGCAGCUCGCCCUGGCCAGGAGCCUCCCAAGGUUUGGUCUUGUUCUGGUCACCAGGUGAUUUCUUCUUUCACCAUCAGAUAUUGAUGAUGGUCACUGUCUGAGGGGUAUGUCCAAUUUCUGGGUCCUUCCUAAGCUCUAAACUAACACUCCCACCUGCUAUUUAAAAUGCUUACAUUGUUGAGAAAGCCUCCCCCCCGCCCCCGCCCCGGUCAGCCCUGUGUGGUGAGGCCGCCUGCCGCCUCCCUGUGUGUCCUGUGUGCACAGUGGCCCGGGGGCCGGGGCCGCGGGCACAGAGCUGGCAGAACGUCCGUGCUUGGUUCCUACUGCUUUCUGCCUUUCAGAACUGUCAGCGCCUCUGCCUGGGUCUGGGUCCAGAUUAGGAUUUAAACUGAUAAAAGAAAAUGUUGGUAAAUCCUCUGCUCAGAAAUCAUUUGUCAUGUUCCUGUUUAAGGAUUAAAGUUAACUUACCCUUUUUAGAAGCUGACCCAUUUAAACAUUACUCUUCUGAGUGCUAGUUCUCCUUUACUCUUAAUGUCCUAAGACAAUUCUAAUCUGGCAUCUGGGGUUUAGGGUCUCUUUUUUCUUUUAUUUCCUCACCCUGCCACCCCCACCCCCUGAGAAGUUCUGAACACAUAUCUUCACUAAACUGGGAUCCUCUAUUUUGACUCUUUUCAUACUAGGUAAGGGGACUAGUUUCAGAGAGCUUUAAACUGCUUGACCAAAGAACAAAUCUGAAAACCACCAUGUUAAAGCUCUUCCUUUUUUCUGUUGACCAAAGCUUAAGUGAAGAGAACUUUUGACUUUAUUAUGCCCAAGACCAGCUUGUCUUUUAGUAGCCAUCGAGUAAUAUGGGGGAAGGAUCAGGAACAGAAUGGGAAAACACUGUGUGAAAGUAGCUUUGCACGUCUCUAUUUUUGAAAUCACCCCUUGUAUUGGUAGAAAUUCUCCUGGGCUCCUUGUCAUCAGCCGCGGUGCUUGUGCAGACACAGUGGUGGAGGAUGGGAGCAACAGGAUUGUCGGUGAAGUUUUGUUUUCAUGUCUUAAGUUCUCUUUGGUCACUCUCAGCAUCUGAGAGCCUUCAGCCUUGGAAAUACUCCAAGGUUUUGUUUUACUUUUUUAAAGAAUAGAAAAGGGUGAAUGAAAGAACCAAGUAGAAAUGCAGGGACUGUAUUUAGCAUGGACAAACUGAGGUAAAAAAAGACAUUGUGGUAACUAAGUCACUAGUCCUGUAGAAUAAAAUACAUUGCUAACCUUUACAUCUUGUUCCUCACCAUAGAACCCCACUAGAAUACCAGAUAGCUUUUGCACUGCAGUCAGUUAUCAAAUGGUAUAGGGUUUGCAAAAGUCCCAAACUUCAAGCAAUGAACUUACCUUGCUACUCUUUUUACUUUGGUUUGCAUGAAGUCACUGCAAUUUAAAAUGUCAGUAUGGGCAUUUAAAUACAUUAUAUAUAUAUAUAUGUAAUAUAUAUCACUUUGCUAGUGCAAAGUUAUGUCAGAAUAAAUGUAGUUAAGUUACAAGUUUAUUUUGAAGAGACAAAACUGUGAUCCACCCAGAACCUCUGCCUUCUAGAAGACAAAAUGUUUUACAUGAUAGUUGUCUCUUGGAGACCGUAAUAGAAAUCUAGAGUCCAGUCAUAUCACAGGUAUCAUUAUUUAACCAAGCACUGGGGGAAAUGCAGGCGUAUACGAAUAUAGUCACUGGGAAGGAGUAGACUGAAGCAUUGUUCCGUGCGUGGUUGAACACAGCCUGACUCACGAAUCUGAUGGGAUGCACAUAGGCGUCAGCUAACAGUUACUACCAAAGUUGAUAAUCGGGAGUCAGUCAAUAGAGAUGUGACAAAUCCUUACCACUUCCUCUGAUCCCUCUUUCUAUUUAGCAUUGCCUUUAUCCAUUUCAGGCUUACAAGACCUUUUCCUGCUGAUCACAAUAGAAACCAGGAAAUUUAUAACUAGGAGACAUCAGAAUCACGAAGAAUGGAUCAAGAGGCAGUGGCAGACUCUCCUCCACCUUUAUUUUAAAAGUUUCACCCUAAAAUAUGGCACACACUCUACAGUAAGUAAAUAGUGAAAGUGUGUGUUCAGGGGUGGGGUCCUUGGAGCACUCUAACUUUUUGCUUUGCUCUGGAAAAUUUCUUCCCGUUAAAAAUCAUCCUAGUCUCCCCAACCCCAAAGUCCUGCUUGCUUAUUUGAAGAACUUAGCAGUUUAGUCCUGUAGUUACUAUCUUCAAUUUUCACGACAGGGUGAGGACUUUAGAUGGUCAAAACACGCUUCUUCCUGAAGCAGUCCCGGAGGUGCACAGAACUACCCUAGGCGACGGCUGAGGGCUAUACGCACACAAUGACUCCUGGAACACUAAUCAGAAAACAACGGCUGACAGCUGCGUCUGCUUAACGCCCUUCCAGAAGCCCAGGAAUGGAAUAUUGUGCCAAUGAUUUGUCUCUACAAUCCCUCUGUCCUGCAUUUGGCCUUUCUGUACCUUCCCAUUCUUGAGUUUUAGAAUGUCAACUCCAGAGAAAAACUCGAUGGUGGUGCUGUGCUUAGAGGAUCGCUGGGUCAGAUACCCUGUCCUGGGACACAGCCUUACAUUUCAGGAGGAGUCUGGGGACUUCUUUCUUCCCUACUUGAGGGAGGCUGUAUCUAAGUUUGUUACGGCUAGUCCAGUCUGGCUGAAUUCUGUAGUGUUUAAUAGGCUUUGCUUCAUUUCUGUUAGUGAAAACCAGGAGGAAGAAUGGCUCACAUGGAGAGACUUCCUGGCUUCUCAGGGAAGGGGAAAAAAGCAAUGCUGCCAACCACUACCUCCCUGUUUCUCCCCCCAACCCUGCUCCCUUUCCAAACUGAUGAGGCUCUCUGGCCCCUAGUCCUGGAUUGGGAAGCAGCACAGGACUGCUAGUCAUGCCAUAGGCAGUGAAGAAAAAGAAUUUGGGUAAUUCUUAUUUUGUAAGAAUUUGUAGAUACAACUGACGGGCUCCAGGUUCUCUUGUAUAAAGAACUACUGUGACCUAAUUCCCAGAGUGUCUUUCCUUUCCUGGUGUUCGAGGUAAGCCAAGAUGGGCUUUCAUCUCUUCUGGCUGCAACUCAUGUGGUCAGCAAAGGGGGAAGAGUGUGGGGGCUUUUCCUUCAAUGUCUGUCUUCAUGAAAAUCAGAACUAUUGAGCCUUUCACACAGGUAAACUCAGCAUAGCCCAAGGUGGUCGUCAAGGGGGAGUUAUGAGAAUCAAAUGAUUCUUCUUGGCUUUUGAGCAGCUACUUGCUUAAAUGCAGCCCUAGAACCUAAAGAUCUGCUAUCUGCUUAACAUGGAAGCUCAGUGCCCAGCCAGCAGGCAUCUUAAUCCAUUAAGCCAGUUAAUCAAAAUACCUUCCACAUGGCAAAAAGCAUAUCUUCUUCUCUCCUCAGAUUUAUCCACAGGAAAUGUAGUGUUUAGGCUCCUACCCAAUGCCCAUGUGCCCAGAUAGCCUAAUUAGAAGGCUGGCUUCCUGCCUUAUACAGAAGAAAUGCUAGGAUGAGCCAAUGAUCCUUUUGCUUUUAAUUGUAUGGAAAAUGUUGCCCCUUUUGUCAUUUCCAGUGACUUCUGUUUUCCAAGCACCUUUUGCUAUAGAUUCUUUUUUAGACGGGGGAUCCAAAGGACUUAGCUUGUGGACUUGCUGAAGUUGUUUAUUAUUCUAGUCUUCUUGUGAGUCUGGAGGUAUACCCAGUCCGCCCUUGGGAGUGGCUUGAUGGAGCCGUGGGCAAGGUCUUGUUUACCACAUAGUACACACGAUAGAUGGCCUUGAACUGUGACUCUUUGUGGUAUGAUGAGUUCUAAUAAACUGGCCCUAAAGAAUGCAGUGGUUAUUAAACUGUGGUUAUGUGUUUUUGAUGAAGCAAUACCCAAAGCUCUGUUCCUUUGGAGAAGUAGUGGGGAAGGUGAAUGCAAGGUAAAGACGAGAGCACUACCCUGAUGUGCUCAGUGUCCUUCCUUGUUGCCAUCUCUGUGGGUAAGUGGAUCCCUCCCUGCACCAGCAGCCUUGAGUCCGUUCCGAGUCUGCUUUGCCCCCACAGUUUUCAGGUUUCUUGUGCAAAGCUCCGUGGGUCAGGGCAGGCCUUCUGUGGGGAUGUGGGACGUAUUCCUGACUGGGGUAGGUAGGUCGUGUUACCUCAGUGAUGUUAAACCAAUGGUUGGAAUGAUAAAAAGCAUCCUUGAUGGUCCUUUACAGGAUACUGGUGAGAUCACUGUGUCAGGUCAGCCAGCAUGCCCACACGGUCUUGAUGAUCCCUCUCUGUAUAAAGGUAGCAAACAUUAAGAGAAGGGGGAAAGAGAGUAAGAAUAGAGAAAUCACUUAUGGGGAGCCGAGAUCUUAUUUUGUUGGCCUUUAUUUUUCCAUUGACCAAUUUGCCUGUAAACUGGACUUUGCAAGAGGUGCUGUGAUAAUCCCUCUCCAUUGCUGUGAUGCUUACAUAAUCUGAGAGAGUGAGAGGGGAAAAUAUAAAUAAAAAAUUUUAAAUUCUAGUAAUGUGUUAAAAAUGUCAUGCUUCUCUCUUUCUCUCUUACCCCCGUCUCCUGUUUUUGCCAGAUGAUUUUUUUUUUAACCUUGUUGGAUGACUGUGAAGCUCUAAAUGAUGGGUUGGGUUAGGUGUAUCCGUUUGAGAGUACAUGUUAAGAACCGGAGGGGAACUACUUGAGAUGACGUAAGAGUCAUCCCAUGCAAAUAUAUUGUUUUGCCCAAAUAAACUAUUCAGAAAGCUG